AUGUCGACACCCGAAGACGAGGUUUUGCUGCACUGCAAGGAGCGUACCGAGCCGAAUCCACGAAAGUCGAGACGCUCCAGAGUCACCAAACUCAUAUUACUCGCUAUAACUCAUUCAGCGAUAGCCUUCUUUGCGAUGGGAGUGAGCCUUUCAACACAUUGUACGGCACAGAAUUGCGACGAGCAGGUCACCUCCCGUUGGAUGUCUACGAUCGAUCGGCGACCACGAACUAUGCAGUUCAACGGAUUUGGACCAUUUAAUGCCUUUACAAGAAAAGCGGGAAGCAGUCAUGAUGCGGAUGUGCAGCAACGCUGGAUAGAUUUGGGCACGUACUCGAGACCGAUGCUCCUCCCACUCCGAUAUGCGGCCGAUUUCCAGCUUGAAGCAUCGAUGCAUGUCGUCGCCCGGCCAGAGACAUAUCCUGGCACCUCUGAAGCGGGCUUUCCAGUCACACUGGAGAUGUUUCAUCAGCUCCACUGUGUCGACUAUCUGCGCCAGGGGCUCUUCUACAACGUGGCUUACUAUCGCAACGAGGUGCACUCGUUGCCGUGGCUGGAGGCGAACGACACGGACGCCGUCGAGACUCAUUUAGCACACUGCGUGGACGCUUUGCGUCAGUUGAUUCUUUGUCACGCUGACAUAGGCGUUGCACCAUUCAAGCUGGGCGAGCAAACGCCUGAUUUUGGACGACCCAGGACUUGCAGGAAUUGGGUCAGUGUCAGAAAAUUUGGCGUCGAAAAUGAGUGGAACGGAAUGGAUCCCAUUAGGGUUGAUAAUCUCCAUCUCUCUGGAUCACUAGAUGGGAGGGUCUUGACGUUUUCGGACACGGAAAGUCUCUGGAAAGGGCUGUAA